AUGAACACUCUCAGCCUCAUAGUCCUCUUCUUCGGCGUCGCCAUGGCCGACACUCACCACAACUGUGGCUGCACCGUCCGCGGCACAUACAGACAGGAUCUUGGCCAGGCUGCCUGUGCCCUCUGGGGCUCCAACCAGCCCAACACUCAUUGGGACGGCUACUCCUGCGUUGACAAGGGCUACGGCCGCGGUAUCGAUGGUGCUCCCUGGGAGACUACCUGCAAGCAGGCCUGGGAUAUCAACUUUGGUGGCAACAAGAACGAUGCUUGGGGCAAGUGCUGGCACUAA